AUGGCCAACAAUGGCAGUAUCUACACUUCUGGCCAAUUCAUGAAUCCUGGCCCGGCCCCUCGUCCACCAGUUGACCGACCGCGCCUGAACCUCGUCCCUAGUAGCAACUUACCCGGCAGCAUGGCCGGUAUGACCAUAUCGCCCGUUACUCGCACAGCCACAUCGACAUACACAGGUUCAACCAUAUCAUUGCCCCUGGCCCGCGAGAGAUCCAACCUCAACGAUGGCAUGGGCGGCGUUGCCAUCAUCAAGGAGGGCUGGGCACAAGUCAAGGAGAGCCGGAACUUCAUUCAGCCUUGGAAACAGAAGUUCCUCAUCCUACGAAAAGAAGCGCUAGAUUUCCAUAAAACCGAAGGCGGCAAGGUCUCGUAUACGCUAUUCUUGAAGGAUGUCGUGGGAGUUGGCAGAGUCGAAGCUGCUGGUACCAUCUUCGAAAUCAAAAGACAACAAAAUGGGCAAUCAAAUAGCCCUGGUGACGACGACAACGGCAUCAGGACCCUACAAAUCAGAACCAAGAGCGACGACGAUCUGUACGACUGGAUCGAUGUGCUCUAUGGACGAUGUCCAACUAUGGGAGGCGUGAGCAAUCCGACCAACUUCUCGCAUGCAGUACACGUUGGUUUCGACCCGCAAACGGGUCAGUUUGUUGGUUUGCCCCCUGAGUGGUCCAAGUUGCUCAACUCGUCGGCUAUUACCAAGGAGGACUACGAGCGCAACCCUCAGGCAGUCUUUGAAGUACUCGACUUCUACUCUGAUCUCACCAAGAGAGCAGAGAACCCUCAACAGUAUGCCAGUCUCACACCCACCCCUCCGGCCAGCAGUCAAGGGAACAAGCAGCUUGGCUAUGUCGGUGCCGGUACGUCGGUUGCGCCGCCGCGGCCGAUGCCUCCAUCGCAACCGCAACGCAACAACAGCUAUAGUCCAAUGCAACCAAACCAGUCCAUGUCCAAUGCAAGCCGCCCGGGCGCGUCAGAGGUGUCGCAGCAGAGGCAGCAAAUGCAGGGCAUGGCCUCCAACUAUGUUUCCCCCGACGCGCAACGUGAGCAGCAGAGACAACAGCAACUCGAACUGCAACGACAAAGAGAAAUGGAGCAACAGCGAAGAGAAAUGGAGGAAUACAACGCUUCGCUACCCAAGACAAAGGUACCGAUGGCACAGCAGGAGAUCGGAGGCGGAUACGGCGGUGCUCCCUCGCCAGAUCGGUAUAACCCAAGUCGUGCCGCGCCACCCGCACCGAAGCCCGCAGCCCAACAGGCUCCCAGGCUUCAGGCCCAACGGCCAGCGCCUCCUGCUCCCGGUGCUGCAGCGGCUCAAAGACCUGCCCUUACGUCGCAGCAAAGCUCUUCGUCGAUACAGCAACAGCGUCCUCCACCAAGACCGGAGAACCCCAACGUUCAAAAGUACACCAACGGCGGCAGCGGUGCUUCUCAGCCUCGCAUGAACGGUCAACCCCCAGCUCAGAAACUACCAACACCCGUCAAGCCCCUGAAUGUUCCUGCCAAGCCCCAACCCCAGGCGUCUCAAAACGAUGGUAUCAAGGCAGCAGAAGCAGCACUGACUGCCAAGCCAUCAGCAUCAGAGCGCAAGCAGGAUGUCCGCAUGUCUACCAUGUCCGAAAAAGAGGUCAUGCAGAAGUUGGUCGAGGCUGUUUCCAAGGACGACCCCAACUUGUCGUACUCUAAGCAGAAGAAGAUUGGCCAGGGAGCUUCUGGAUCUGUCUACGUUGCUAAAGUCAAGGAGACGGCGGUCUCACCGGUCGCCCGUGAGGUGCUCCGGUCACAGGGUCCUAGGGCACAAGUUGCCAUUAAGCAAAUGGACCUUGCUCACCAGCCUCGCAAGGAGCUGAUUGUGAACGAGAUCAUGGUAAUGAAGGACAGCAAGCACCGAAACAUUGUCAACUUCCUUGAUGCCUUCCUACGAAACAACAACUCCGAGUUAUGGGUGGUUAUGGAGUUCAUGGAGGGUGGUGCUUUGACCGACGUCAUUGACAACAACCCCGUUAUCACUGAGGAGCAGAUCUCGACGAUCUGUCUGGAGACAUGCCGCGGUCUGCAGCAUCUUCACUCGCAGCAGAUUAUCCACCGUGACAUUAAGUCUGACAACGUCUUGUUGGACUCGCGUGGCAGCGUGAAAAUUACCGAUUUUGGUUUCUGUGCCAAGCUCACUGAGACAAAGUCCAAGCGUGCCACCAUGGUCGGCACACCUUACUGGAUGGCCCCCGAAGUUGUUAAGCAAAAGGAGUACGGCCCCAAGGUUGAUAUCUGGUCACUUGGUAUCAUGGCCAUCGAGAUGAUCGAGUCCGAGCCACCCUACCUGAACGAAGAGCCUCUCAAGGCCCUGUACCUCAUCGCAACUAACGGAACACCACGCCUCAAGAAGCCAGAGAAACUCAGUAAAGAGCUGAAAGCUUUCCUGUCGGUCUGUCUCUGCGUGGAUGUCAAGAGCCGUGCUUCCUCGGACGAGCUUUUGCAGCACGACUUCCUCAAAUACGGCUGCCCAGUCCCUAGCCUUUCAGAGCUCCUUGCUUUCCGCAAGCACGCGAAAUAA